GUUUUUGUUUUUUUAACCCAGAGUUUUAGUUAGGUUAACUUGUUUUACGAACUUGAAUCAAACUGCAUUUUUCUGGGUUUCUAACACAUUUCGCAGUUGGUGUAUAGUAUUUAUUUAUAUUUUAAGUAGUUAAUUCCCUUGUCAUUAAUAUCAAAAUGGAUCCAGCGCUAUUAAGAGAACGCGAAUUGUUCAAAAAACGAGCAAUUGCAACACCCAGUGUUGAGAAGAAAAAAGUCGAGCCCAAAGCAGAACCACCCAGAAAUGAUAAAAAGAAAAGUUCUAGACCUGCAUCAGCUGCACCAAAAUUGGAUAUCAAUACAUAUAAAACAUCAAGUGGUAGCUCACAGUACCCCUUUGCUGUGUUGGCUAAAAUUGUUAAGUAUAUGAGGCAAAGACAUCAAGAUGGUGAUAUGCAUCCACUUAGUAUCGAGGAUAUCUUGGAUGAGACCAAUCAAUUAGAUGUGGGAGCUAAAGUUAAACAUUGGUUGAAUACAGAAGCACUUCAAGACAAUCCCAAAAUUGAGGUCACACCAGAUGGCAGAUAUCUUUUUAAAGCAAUGUACAGACUGAAAGACAGAAAAACUCUUCUUAAACUACUCAAACAACAAGAUUUAAAGGGGUUGGGUGGUAUACUAUUAGAUGAUGUACAAGAAUCUUUGCCACAUUGUGAAAAAGCUCUUAAGAUAUUGCAAAAUCAAAACGAAAUCAUCUUUAUAACACGUCCAGUCGACAAGAAAAAAGUUUUAUUUUAUAAUGAUCGUACAGCAAGCCUGCCAAUCGACGAAGAAUUCCAAAAACUGUGGCGUUCGGUAGCAGUAGACGCGAUGGAUGACGCCAAAAUCGAUGAAUACCUCGAAAAGCAAGGUAUUCGUUCCAUGCAAGAUCACGGUCUCAAGAAACCGCUUGCACCGAAACGCAAACGCGUUGGGCAACGUAAAAAAGUAUUCAAAAAACCACGUGAUAAUGAGCAUCUUGCUGAUGUACUCGAAACGUACGAGGAUAACACUCUCACGCAGAAAAAUACAGUUUAAAUUAAUUAUUUUUUUAUUUUAAUUCUAUUAAAUUUAUUAAUUAUAUGUAAGGGCGCUCUUUAUUUACUAUUAGUUUAUGGCUAAAUAAAAAGGAUAGUUUAAUUUAAUUUAAAAUUUAAAUAAAUUAUAUCUAUUCGUAAAAAAUAA